AUGGAUAAUGAAAUCCCCCUCCCCCCACCCCCACGCAUCCGACACCGUUCCUCCCCAACCCGUCGCAAUCAUCACCGCUACUUCGACGACCCCUCCAGUGACCCGGCGCUCUUCUCCAGCGAUGAUAUUCCUGCCUCCGGACUAGAGAAUUACCAUGCACCUGUACCGGCUGGGAGUCGGAAGCGCCGAUACCGCGGGACCUGGUGGGGGGAGAUGGUCAAGGAUAAGGAUAAGGAUGUGAAGCGCAAGCGCGGAGACUUCAAGGAUAAGCGGUUGGUGGAUAGUGGGGUCUGGAUGGGGAGUGAUGAUUCGGGCUUUAUGUUGUCGGAAGGGGAUGUGGGAGGUGAACUUUUUUUGAAUGCGAGUGGGAAUGGGGAUGCGCAGAGGGUGCAGAUGCAGAUACAGGCACAGAUGCAACCGCGAGUGAUGAUGGUGGAGGAGGAACCCCGAGAACAGCAGAUUGCGCGAACGAUCGUGAAUGAUUGUUUGGAGAGGGGGGAGGAUAGUGUGGAUCUGAGCGGCGGAAACCUGCGUACCAUCCCAACCGGCCUUCUCCUCCCACUACAACAUCUUACCAAACUCCCCGCAAUCAAAGAGCCUCCAAUCAGUGAAGACGUCUACAGCUCACUCCAACCCUUCCUCCGACUCUUUCUAGCCGGGAAUGCCCUAUCCAAUGUUUCCGGGGAGAUAUUCGAGUUGGAUGCGCUCCGGGUGCUCAGUCUCCGAAACAACAAGUUAACAGAGAUCCCGCCGGCGAUCCGCAAACUGACCCUGCUCCAAGAGGUUAAUCUCUCCGUGAACCGACUACAAAAUCUACCCUGGGAACUCCUCUGGUUGAUCCGCAAGGGCGAUCUCAAGCAUCUGACAGUGCGGCCGAACCCGCUACUGCAGAUCGAAGAGCAGGAGGUGGAGGUGGCGCAGUGGCAUGUGCCGGAGGAGGAGAUGAAGUCGUGUGUAUAUGAGGGACCUCCGCCGGAGGAAGCAUGGGCGCCGAUCCACGUCGCUACGGGUCCAGUGACGAGGUAUAAUGCGGAAGGGGUAAGAAUUGAGGGGGGGAGAGGAGGAAGAGAAGAAGGGCGGGUCCCAUCGUUGCGAGAGGUGUCAUUGUUGGCGUUUAGUCGGUCGGCGUAUCCGGAUUUGAUGGAUGACGACGAGAUGGAGGGCUUCCCGGCGCUGAUGGUGCGGUUGCUCCGUGCGGCCAAAGAGGUUCGGAGCGCUGGGGGACGAUCUUGCUCGGUUUGCCAUCGCGGGUUUGUGGUUGCGCGAACAGAGUGGAUCGAGUGGUGGGAUUGCAGUACGUAUGAGAAUGGCUUGAAGGGACCACGAGGCUCGGGGGAGACGCUGCGUCCGUUGCCGUUUCGACGGUUGGGCUGUAGCUGGGGAUGUGUCCCGGGGGCGACAGUGUAGGUGUAAAAGGAAGAAGAAAGAGCCACCCUACCUCACAUUGGGGAAGGA